AUGGAUUCGAAAGAGCCGGAUCACACCUUUAGUGCUGCUGAUCGCAUUCGGCAAUUGAAUGAAAUUGAUCAAGAUGUUGCCAAACUCCUCCAUGCUGCUGGACUCGCUGUUCAAGCACUAACAAACGCGCCUCUUCCUACCGAUAACCCUUCUCAAACUGCUUCUUCGUCUUCCGAGAAAAAUGUCCUAGACGCUCAUAAAGACGCUUUUAAGGAAGCCUCCUCCCAAUAUUUUUCCCUCCUUUCUUCAAUCGAUGUUCGUCUUCGUCGGCAAGUCUACGCCCUUGAGGAAGCAUCAAUCAUUCGCCCCGAGUCAGCAGUAAAAGCCGGCGAAGGCGUUGGUAUUGGUGCCGUGCCUCCUGCCCCAGGAGCAACGAACCCGUUGGAGAUAAGCUGGCUGAAUACUCGCAAAGACACUGUUGAGAAGGAGAAGGAAGCGGAGUUAUGGGCAGAUGCAAGAGAAUUCGUUUUGAAGUUGAAAUCGAAAACCACGGAUGGCGGACCUAAGCCGCAAUCCAAUGACAACCUGCCGAAGGAAAUGGACGUCGAUUGA